GCUUCUUAGGUGGAGUGUGUGACGUCAACCGCUCGCGGACUGUUCGCUUUGCGAGCGAAAGAAAAUCAAGGGAACGUUUACUACCGAGUUUUCUGCAUAAUCUUAAAAAUUAUCCACCAUCCUUAGGUCAGGAAGGGAAGACACCUUCAUCUCGGCUAGGGAGAUUACUAAGUGUAUCAGGCUUGAGUCAAAACAGACUGCUUGAAUGAGGCUGUGGUGCAAGACAUGAAGAGGGGCCGUCCUGAAGACCACGACAGUGUAUAUGGUCAAAACAGGCAGAGUUACCGCCCUCCCCCUGUUCUUGCCCCGGCCCCUGUUGGUAUGACGAGCAAUUAUGAACAGCUCCAGCAGGAUGGACUGAGUGGUUUGGCGCAGUUUCCUGCAGCUGCACAAAUGGCAGGGGCUCCAGGCUUCCAAGUUCAAGCUACAACUCCUCAGUCACAUCCUCAUGUGCAAAAUCCAGCUUCUGCUCAUCACCAGGGCCAGGCCCAGGUCCAUGCGCAAGCUCAAGGUCAACAACAACAGUUUCAGCGGUUAAAGGUUGAGGAUGCCCUGUCAUAUUUAGAUCAAGUCAAACUUCAGUUUGGAAACCAACCUCAAGUUUACAAUGAUUUCCUGGACAUCAUGAAAGAGUUCAAAUCUCAAAGCAUUGACACUCCAGGAGUCAUCAGUCGAGUGUCAUCGCUGUUCAAAGGACACCCUGAGCUAAUAGUAGGCUUCAACACAUUCCUUCCACCUGGGUACAAGAUUGAGGUGCAUGCUAGUGAUCCUGGGACCGUAUCAGUUACAGCCCCAAAUGGACAGUCUCAGAUUACAACCAUCAUCCAACCUGCACAACAGCCAGUUCAUCAGUCAGGAGGCCAACAGGCACAUCAACCGCAGCAGAAACAACAGCAGCAGCAACAGCAGCAGCCAUUACAACAACAGCAACCGCUACAAUCACCUACUGCUCAACAAGGACAGGGUCAACAGCCUGUGGAAUUUAACCAUGCCAUAAAUUAUGUCAAUAAAAUCAAGAACCGAUUCCAAGGACAGCCUGACAUCUACAAGGCAUUUUUGGAAAUUCUUCAUACAUAUCAAAAGGAACAGAAAAACAUAAAGGAGGCUGCAAUGCAAGGAACUCCACUCUCUGAACAAGAGAUCUAUAUGAGGGAAGCAAGACUCGCUAAUGAGGUUUAUCAACAAGUUGCAAAAUUGUUUCAGAAUCAAGAAGAUUUGCUUAAAGAAUUCAGUCAGUUCCUACCUGAUGCUAAUGGUGCCGCGACAGUGCCCGGGGGUUUAUUAUCAUCAAGCAGACUACAGUCACACUUGUCAUCAGCAAGGAAUGAGUAUGCUCCUCCCGCAAAAAAGGCUGCUGUGGGUCUAAAUUCAACCAAACGUAUGACACACCAGAUAAGACGAAAUUCCAACAGUGUCUCCUCCUCUCCCACCCAUCCUCAGGCCAAGAAAAAGUCAAGAAGUGCAAUCAAAGAUGUGUCUCUGGCAGAGGCACAAAAAAUUGGGACUUUCUCAGAAUUUUCAUUCUUUGAAAAGGUUAGAAAAGCUCUCAAAAAUCCUGAACUUUACGAUAAUUUUCUGCGCUGUCUUGUGCUCUUCAACCAAGAAGUCAUAUCCAGGGCAGAACUUGUUCAGCUGGCAGCUAACUUCUUAGGUAAAUAUGCCGAGUUGUUCCAGUGGUUUAAGGAAUUUCUUGGCUACAAGGACUCCUCUCCCAUGGAGAGUGUGGCUAGUUUCAAAGAAAGAACAUCUGGUGAAUUACAUCACCUUGAAAUAGACUACUCUUCAUGCAAGAGAUAUGGUACAAGCUAUAGGGCUCUUCCCAAGAGCUAUACACAACCCAAAUGUAGUGGACGCACAGCUCUGUGUAGAGAAGUUCUCAAUGACACCUGGGUGUCCUUUCCAUCAUGGUCAGAAGAUACGCCUUUCCCAGGAACCAGAAAAACUCAAUAUGAAGAGUACAUUUUUAGGUGCGAGGAUGAACGAUUUGAGCUGGAUGUUGUGUUAGAAUCCAAUCUUUCUACUAUUCGUGUUUUAGAAGCUAUACAGAAGAAGCUUCAAAGAAUGCCGUCUGAGGAGCAAGCAAAAUUCAGACUUGAUAGCUGUAUAGGAGGAACAUCAGAGUUCAUCCACAGAAAAGCUAUCCAGAGGAUAUAUGGUGACAAAGCCCCUGAUAUUGUUGAUGGUUUAAAGAAAACACCAGCGGUUGCUGUGCCACUAGUGCUUAAAAGAUUGAAGACGAAAGAAGAGGAAUGGAGAGAAUCUCAAAGACAGUUCAAUAAAAUUUGGAGAGACCAGAAUGAAAAAUAUUAUCUUAAGUCCUUGGACCAUCAAGGGAUAACUUUUAAACAAAACGACUUGAAGGCGAUGCGAUCGAAAAGUUUGAUUAAUGAGAUUGAAAGUAUUUAUGAUGAGAGACAAGAGCAGGCUUCUGAAGGCAAUGGAGAUGCUACAGGCCCUCACCUGACCUUCACUUACCAGGACAAGUCUAUUCUGGAUGAUGCAGCUGGUCUGAUUGUUCAUCACAUGAAGAGGCAGACCAGUAUUCACAAGGAGGACAAAGCCAGGAUUAAAGUUCUGUUGCACUGCUUCUUGCCGGACUUGUUCUUUGCUCCAAGGGGUGAGCUGAGUGAUGAUGAAGAUUCGGUAAAGGAGUUAAAUGGCCUUGGAAAACCUGAACUUACUAAUGGAUUACCUGAGGCUGAAGCGGACGAUGCUUACAAUUUAAUAUAUGUAAAUAACAACUGGUAUUUACUCUUCAGACUUCAUCAGAUGCUCUGUGAGCGGCUGCUGAAGAUGUAUCAACAGUCGGUAAUGAUAGCUGAAGGUGAAGCCUGUGACAAGCAACAGAGAAAGCAGGCCACGGCUAUUGCGCUGAGACUCAAAGCGCCCAGCGAGAUAGACCUUGAGGAAUACUACCCGGCGUUUUUAGACAUGAUAAGAAACUUGCUGGACGGUAAUAUGGAUUCUACAAACUUUGAGGAUACAUGUCGCGAGAUGUUUGGCGUGCAUGCCUACAUCGCAUUCACUAUGGACAAAUUAGUUCAAAAUAUAGUUAGGCAGCUUCAAACCAUUGUAACCGACGAGUCGUGUGGCCAGGUCACUGAACUUUACCAACAGGAGCAAGGCAACCUGGCCACUGGUGGAAGCUCGGCUACUCAGCACACCCGCGCGGUGUCAGAAGCGGCUUAUCAGAAGAGAUACGAGUCGCUGUUGUCGGACGAGAAUUGCUACAAAGUAGUCAUUCACAAGGACAAGAACAUCUGUCGGCUGAGUAUAGAGUUACUUGAUACUGAGGACACUCAUUCAGAGGAUCCAGUGGAAGUUGAGAAAUGGAAUGAAUACGUUGAAAAAUUUGUCGGCAGUGAAGAGGUGUCCACGGAAGUUAAGGAUCAUUUGCAAAACAAACCAAUAUUUUUACCAAGGACGGUGCGUUCCAACGCACGGAUGAAAUCCUCGAUCACUCCAAGCACUGAGAAGGAGUCGACGACGAACGACAAUGGUUCUUCCACUGACGAAGCUGAAAGCGAAGGAAAUAACAGCGAGAAAGAGGAGGAAAAUGAUGAGGUGGAGGAUAUGGAAGUUGAGAACUCGAUGGAAUGCAAGCUGAGCUUAAACUCUUACAAGAUAAGAUUUGUCAAAGGCAGCGAAGAUUACUUGUACAGACGGCAAGCUUUGAAAAGAGCAAAAGAGUGCCAUCCUGUUGUGGCGAACCGUCUUCACUCCAGAUUCCAGGGGUGGUUAAGUGGCUGGGUGAAAAGUAACGUGACUAAUGACCAGGAGAGUGGCUGCCGUGACUGGCUUCUGGGACGGGUGGAUGGACUUCACCCCUGUACAACGACCUGCGAGUCAGUCACUGACACUGCCAUCAAGCACAACAAAUACUCCGUCAAAUGGGACAAGGAGAAGAACGUGCAAGAGCAAAAAAUCGACGUCAAGAGCAGAGAGGACGAGCAGAAUAUCGCCUCAUAAAACUAACUUUGUACAGAUCAUAUCACGUGUAUUUCUUAGGUAAACUUUAGUGUUGAAACGGUCAAGGGAUGGCGUGACAACUGUUUGACUUGACAAUAAGGUAGCGUGACAUCUACGACGUGAAGGCUAAGCACUUCUAUUUUAAAUCGGCAAAUCUGUUUUGCCUCUCAUUCAGUUGAACAGCAUACAAGUUUAGUGUUAAAUGGGGUGGAGCCAGAACCUUGAAUGCGUUUUGGUUUGCCGUUUGGAUGCUAUAAAUAAGCGUUAAGUCUAUUGUCUUACCAUCCUUUUGACUGUUAUUUUGUAAAUACGACAUUCACUUAGAUUAAUCGUUUGUAAUAACGCGACAACCACUUGACAUCACAAUGAUAAAUUUGCUCUGGCUCUGCUGAAGAUUGCGAGUUUCCCUUUUCUUAUUCCAUAUCUAACAGCUUCCAUCAACAAAAGGCAGUAAGUUGUUUCAAUUUAUAUUAAGCCUCUCGAACUGGGGUCCACAAAAGAGGCAUUCAGCUUUUAACUUGAUUCGUGUGACUCUCUGGCCGUCACUUGCUAAUCUGUAAUGAGGUUGGUCUCGGCGAUCCUCGCUUAUGCUACUCCUGGGUUCCUUCCCAAACGUUACUGGGGUAGUUGAAGGAACUCUUUAUACCCCAGUACUCGAUGUACUUACGUAUUUUUGUUUUCAAAAGAAAACGAAUAACUGUGAUGGAUUUUAGUUUUUUCUGGCUGCUGUGAUAGCUUUUGAUCCUUGAAAUCCAUCAGGUAGACAGUGCCCGGCCCUCCUUCAAUUCCAAGUUCUUGUGGAUUUUACUCUUGACAAAAGUUUACUGUAUCUAAACAAGACAUGCCACAGUGUUUGUAUCCAUCUGACAGUUAAAAAAAGCACGCAACGGACUUUUUUAAUCUUUUUGUUUCUUGUAAAGGAGUUUCUUGGAGCUUCUAUAUCUCCGUCAGUUGUAGCAGCAGCCCUCGUGAGCACAAAGUAGUGGUAGAUAUCGGUGCUUAGAUGUGAUUCAAAUCUGCAAAAUGACUUACGCCAGUUAGAUUCCUCCAGGCAGACGCAGAAGUGACACAUGAUGAGAUAAAAAAGGAUGCUCAACAGUCACACAGCACCUUUAUGCUUUCUAUUGCACAUAACAGUGGAAUGAUUAAGCAAGCUUUCAGAACUGUGUUGUGCUUUUCAGAGCUCAGGCUGUCACUAGUAGGAUUGUCCGCCAUGUUUUAUAAUGUGCUCAUUUUGUAUUCCUACUAUUCUCUUUGACACUUACAUUGAUGAAAGUUCGAUAUCAACGAACAGUUCCGGGUGUGUUGAAUGAGCUCUCUUACGCACUUCAAUUAGGUUAUGUAGUAAAAUAGUGUACAGGCAACUAUGGAGUUGUAGCUUAUGCUUAAAGCAGAGUAAUUAUGUUUGAUUUUGUUGGCACGCUCCAACUUGUAGUCGGGUAUGACUGUAGAAUUAUGUGCACGAUGAACUGUAACAGUCUGUAGUAGUUCUCUGCUGUUGUUAAACUUGUAUGUGAAGUGAAUCCUAGUGUUGCGGUCAGUAAUUUAUUCUUUGAUCCUGGCCCACUUUUACAGAUAUUUAUCAUAUCAAAUAAAAACAAUGUCAUGGAUGAUUUA